AUGUCUGAAAAAACGGAGGUUGAUUUAACCGGAGCUAAGCAAAACACCGGCGUAUGGCUAGUAAAGGUUUGUUUCCUAAAAUGUAUUUGAACGACAAGUCAUAUCCAUACACAUAUUGGUCACACUUGUCAGUUUUGUUGAGGACCUAGCCUUUAGCUAGCUAAACUAACGUUACCAUCUCUGCCCCGGUGUCUUUUUCACUUUUGUUUUACCUGAUCAGGUUCCCAAGUACCUAGCGCAGCAGUGGGCCAAAGCGUCAGGAAAAGGAGAGGUUGGAAAGCUCAAUAUUGAAAAGUAAGAACUGGCCUUUAGCUAUAACUCCAAAUGUGUUCUUUACUGAAAACAUGACGUAUUUUCAGAGGGGUCCAACAUUGCCCAAAAUAUAAAUGUUUACUUCUGCAGUGGACAUCAUGCUCAAUUGGGUAGUUGGUGAUGUUGCAUAUAAAUAGGCCGCAAUGUCCUAGCUGACUAAUCUCAUCUCCAUGGUGAAGGACGUUUCUGGUGGAGUUCAUCAGAAACUUACAUAACCAUGGAGUUGAGUUUAGUCAGCUAUCAAUGUCCUAAAUUCUGUAACAUGUUUUUUCAGGAAUCAGUUGUCUAAUGAGAAAAUGUGUGUAGCAUUUGUUGUAGUUUCCUUUUUUUUGGUAUGUUGUCCAAUAGGAAACAAGGAAAAGCAGAUGUAAGUCUGAUACUUGCCACAUGGUGUCACUGUAAACCCAUACGCUGUUCCUCAUCCUCUAAUACCUCCAACUUUUGGAAGUAUUCUAGAAAACAGUAGCUGUAUUAUUGGGUAUAAGGUUAAUUAUUGGAAGUCAUGUUUAUAGAUUCAUAGAAUAUGAUUAGUUGAAUCAGACGUGUUACUGCUUGGUUGGAACAAAAGCCUGCACCCAUGCUGAGAUGUUAGCUGAUCCAUGGGUCUGUGGUGUGUCCCUCAGGUGUCGUUCACCCUGAAUGAGGAUCUGACCAGCCUGUCUGCACUUGGGGAGAAGGCAGCGUCGGUACGAGCCCCUGGGACCAUCCAAUGA